GAAUUGGAAGCCUGCUUAGUGACUGGAAAGUUCUCGGCACACACAAAAUCCUUAAGCUCGGAACUUCUAAAAUGUUAGGGGCGGCUCUAUUGGUGGGAAUCAUAGCGUACCGGAAGCACAGACGAGAGAAGAAGAAAUGGGAACAGGAUGAUCAUUUACCGGAGCAAGACCAAUAGUAACGUCGAGACUUGCAGAUCUAGAAACUGAUCAUGCAUGAGGCUCUUCAUUCAAUAUCGUGGCAGUGCAUUUGCGGCUUGAGGCUUGAAAUUGAGCUAAAGUUUUACAGUCCGUAUGUGCUUUGUGAUGUUGUGUUGACCUGAGAGUGAUCAUGGAUUCAGCUCAAACACUGACGGUAGCUGCUCGGGGUUGUCCUCCAGAACGAAGGAAUACAAGCGCAUAAUUCUUGGCAGGCUGGUGACAUCAGUCUACAUGAUGCACAAGGAAGCCAAGCCAUACGCUGCAGCCGCAAGUAAUCACGUGUUUUGGAUGAAUUUCAACUGGUCCAAAGAAUGCUCGGAUAUGUGGUCAGACAACUACAAUCUCGUAGACUUCGACCUCGCACGUCUGACCAGAGUUCUGAAACCCAAAGAUCAACGCCAUUUCGGUCAAGAGCUGGACAAAUGCGCCAAGGAUCUGGUCCAUUUCGCCGUGUUCCACCGAAAAGCAGGUGCUCACUUUCUAGCUCCGAAGUGGGUGGUUGCGAUCCGAGGGACGGCCUCGAAGAGGGAUCUAUUAUCCGACCUGAAAAUCUUCUUCGAGAGGUUGCACACCUCGAGCCUGGUCAAGAUGCUGAGGAAGACAGUGGAACGGCUAUGCGCGGAUCAUGGACGAGCGAACGUGACAGUGACAGGCCACUCAUUGGGAGCUGCAGCGGGGCUGUCAGUCACCCGGAAAAUGGCGGUGCGGAAGGCAGUCUUUCUGGACACGCACCUUUUCAACCCUCCACUCCUACCAUUGGAAUCUAUUGCCCGCUUCACGUUAAUUGCGCUGAAUCCCUUCUACUUACUGCUAAAUAGGAAGGUCGUCAGCAAGGUCAAGGAUAGCAUAGCCGAGGUCGUGGAUGAGGAGCAGUACCGAAAGUCGGAGCGAGAGUUUUUGGCUUUGAAGAGGUGGAGACCGCAUCUGUACGUGAACAUGAACGACCCGAUCUGCUCCAGUACGCAUAUUACUUCAGGCAUUACAAGGACGAGCCCAUGUUCUACUCUCUGGGCAACCUCGUGUCUCGUACCUUGUUCGGCUGCUGCGCAGAGACUUUCCACUUGAUCCCCGAGGCCAUACUGUGCCUGGACACGACGCGUAGGGGGUUAAAGGAUAUUGCGAAUCCGCUCAAGCCUCACAAACUGAAGAACUGGAUGGCCUCUCCUCCUCCCCAUGUCUGCUACAAUAUUAUAGUUGACAUCUUCUCGUAGGAUGACAAAACCGUCGACUAGACCGGCGAGAUCCACAUCCUUGAGGAAGCAGUGGACCAAUAGAAGCAGACGCUGGAAUCAGCACGCUGCUGACGGCGAGCUUUGUAUUCAGUCGAUGCGGCGUACUCUGUCAGGUCCGUUCACAUUAUGGUGAGACAAGUGCCCUUGAAGCUUGUCUCACCUCAAUGUCGCACGAGAUCUGUGCUCGUAGGUAGUUCAAGUGGUCGGUCCACGUGGUUUUAUCGGUCUGCGGUGCAUGAAUAUGAAGCUUCCCUGAAGCUCAUAUCAGGCCCAAGGUUUUGGGUACGUGGAUUUAGUCCUCAUCAUGAUCUUCCAGUUCAUCCAUCUCCUCAAUGGUUGUUCUCGCCUGAGGUAUCGAGACUUGCUUCGAUUACAGAAUAAUACUUUACGGUUUCACAUAUGAUCAUAUGCAUUCCACACUGAUUCGGGUCACAUGCUGGAGGCCUGCAAUGCUGAUCCGAAUUGAGUUGGACGAGGUAGGAAGUGCAUGAUUGUCUGGUUUUAGAUCCAGUCUCCGGGAUUCCUGCAAUGCUUCAAGACGGAAGACACGAUGUAGGUGGCGGUACAACCACAGGGGUUAGUGGGGUCGGGAAAGUGAGUGGAACUCUCUGAAUGGUUUCUCGGAGCUAUAUGGUGUCGUCACUCGGUUAAUGUGCCCUGCCAAGCUAUGUCAUACAUAUCUUUGCGAACAGUUCUUAUGCCUCGGACUAGACAACGCAAAUACUAGUCAUUGCGAUAUCUACCAUAUUAAAUUCCGGAGUCAAGCGCUUUCCUUGAAGAAUAUAUUUGAACUAGGAAACGGAAACCAUAACUGUCA